CUAAUUUUGUGUUUUUUCUCACUCAUUUCAGGUGAUAUGUUUGAAUCAGUACAAAUCGUUGCAACUGUAAAUCCCAGGUGGUUUAUUCAUGCUUGCUAUAUGCAUUCAUUUGGCAUGUCCGAAAAUUAUUUCGUUUUAAUCGAGCAACCUUUAACAUUGUCCUUAUCAAGUUUUGUGAAGUGCCAGUUAAAUGGAGACGCCUAUGCGUCGGCCCUUCAGUGGUAUCCGGAACAUGAGACACACAUACUGGUAAUCAGCCGCGCCGACGGUAGCGUCAAGCGAUAUAGGACCAAAACUGUAUUCUUCCUGCAUAUCAUCAAUUGUUUUGAACGCAAUGGCAAGUUGUUUAUCGACAUGUGCACUUAUCAGGAUGCUAAGAUCAUUGAUGCUAUGUACAUGGAUGCGAUAAGGUCAAAUCAGAAUAAUUUGGACUACGCGAAAUGGUCCGUCACAAGACCACGGAGAUAUGAAAUCUCCCUCGACGCGCCUGAAAUGAGCCUGGUGGAAAGUCGCCUCAUAGCUGAUAUUGGUUGUGAAAUGCCCAGAAUCAACUACGAACUACAUAAUGGCCGUCCAUAUAAAUAUUUCUAUGGAAAUUUAUCAGAUAUUACAAACCCCCAGGCUGGUGCUCUUGUUAAAGUAAACGCCGAUACAGGUGAAAUGAUCACCUGGAAGGAGAGAAACAGCUAUCCCAGUGAGCCCGUAUUCAUACCAAGACCUGGUGCUGUGGAUGAAGACGAUGGCGUUAUAGUCAGCGCAGUGCUGUGGAGUGAUGAUGAGAAUGCGAUAGAUCUCAUAGUGCUGGAUGCGCGUACGCUACAGGAGUUGGGAAGAGCCAGGUUCAGGACACCCACACCUGCCCCCAAAUGCUUGCAUGGAUGGUUCAAAUCAGACACACCGUUGGUUACAUAAUCAUUAGGACUGAUGCCUUUAUUGAUUUGUUAUGCGUUUAUAUUUUUAUAUACACUGUAUUGAUCUUAAGUAUUUUGCUAUGUAGUUCGAAAUGCUAUCAUUGAUUAAAUGUUAUGCCUUUUUUAAA